UUUUCUGUACUGUAUAUCAUGCACUUGCAGAUAGAACUUGAGAAUAAUUCUAUCUUUAAAUCACAAUGAAUCUAUUUCAGCAUUAUUAUGUGUUUCCCAUAUUUUUUUAUUUCGCCAACGGAACAAUUAAUCUCAAAGAUGGACCAGGAGUUUGCAAAAAUAAAGAUGGAACAAACCUUAAAUGUUGUACAAAUUAUAAACAAAAGGAUGACAUCUGCGAACCCUGUGAAGUAGGUACGUAUGGAGACAGGUGUACAGGAGGACCCUGUGUCUAUGGAUACUAUGGAUUUGGUUGUCAGAGUAAAUGUAACUGUACGUCCGACCAGUACUGUGACAGGAAAAAAGGAUGUUUUUAUAAUACUACAAAAGACCCAGAGGAUGCACUAUUAGAGGAAAAGUCAUAUAAUAGUACAGUCAUUAUUGUUACAAUAACGGCGGCAAUUGUCAUGGUAAUUUCUAUACUAGUCGCCAUUGUCUUCCUUUGUAAUAAAAAAUUAGAGAUUAUACGCCAGUUUUUGAGAAGACGGGAGACAAAUCGGCCUGAAACUGCAGAAUCAGUAGGAGCGCAAGAGGAUUACUCUCAGUGGACAAGGAACUCAAACAAUUACAACAUGCUUAGCAACAGAAGAUUCAAUGCGGAUUCAAAAGUGAGCGCAAUAGACGGGGUAGACGUCUACGAUCAUGUUGACGAAGGAAUACACAACAGUACGUCUCAGGACAUGUGCGGUGCAUUGGUUUUCAGCAAGAACCAUGUAAUGGUUGCAAUUGAUGGCAAUAAGGAAAAUAUUCAUGAGAAAAGGAACGAUGUUACUGAUAACACAAGUGGUAUAUUAAGAGAAUGCUAUUCACUUGCUUUAAAUCCGGACAAUUCAUCAGAAUCUGCAAGGGAGAAUACGAAAUUCACUUGAAAUGCAAUCAGGAAGACUUAAAAAGGAAAAUCAUGUCCAUGUUAUAUAAAUGCGAAUUUAAGUGCUUUGUAUUCUUUUUUCAUUUAAAUGCUUCCUUCACCACAGCUGUUAUAAAAUUACACA